AUGGCCGACACAAAGACGACGACGACGACGACGACAACGUCCAGUGAUCCAACGAAUCCAGUGCCGCCAAGUACUGCUACGGCGACGGAAAUGGCAACGCAAACCGUCGCCAACAGUGAACAGACCACUCCGACGAAAACGGAGGAGACCACACCGGCAGUGAGAACGAUGAUCGAAACAGCUACGAUGACUGACGCCACAGAGCAGAAGGAAAGUGAAAGUUCCGUAUCGAAGUCUCAGUGUUUGGCGGAAACUGCUGCCCAAGAAGAAGAAGCCGCCCCAACCCCGAUAGAAGCGAAACCGAUCGAGUUGGAAGGUGUGGCUGCUAAGGAAGCGGUAGAAGCCGAAGAGGAACCGGACACAUUGUCACCGCUCAUGACGGACAAUCAUACGUUCUUACAGCAUCAGGAGCUGAUGCGUGAGGAACCGCUGGCUGACGAACAUCUGCCGAUAGAUGAGCCGGGAAGCAGCAGUCCUCAGCAGCACUUCCAUCGCCACCAUCACCACCAUGGCGCUGAGGAGGUGCACGACUACGGCAUCUACGAUGAUGACGAGCAGGAAGACGAUGAUGAGGACGAUGACGACGAAGACAUUGAUGAUGAGGACGAGAUGUUUAUGCGCGAUCAGGACGAUCAGCAUCGUAACAUGAAGCAUUCCGACACGAAGGAGUCAAUCAGUUCGAUCGACAGCGACGUUUCGUUGUCUUACGAUCGGCGAAGUUCUAGUGACCUGCCGGAACGCCAGCAACAACUCCGACAGCACUCGGAAGAUGCCGGUGCUGGAUCGUCGGAUGAUGCGGCGAAAGAUUCGGGAUGUGAAAUCAUGAAAAAGUCGGGCGAGGACGCGAAUGAAGCCGGCACCCAGGAGGACGCCGAGGAUGGCGCCUUCGAGAUCCCGGACGAUGAGAUGUGCGAGCGGAUUAUUGAGCAGGUGGAGUUCUACUUCUCCAACGAUAACAUCCUGAAGGAUGCAUUUUUGUUGAAACACGUGCGCCGCAACAAGGAAGGCUUUGUCAGCCUGAAGCUGGUGUCCAGCUUUAAGCGCGUCCGUCAGCUAACGAAGGACUGGCGUGUGGUUGGGUACGCGAUCAAGCGCAAGAGUGUGAAGAUUGAAGUGAACGACCUGGGCACAAAAAUCCGUCGUCUGGAUCCGUUGCCCGAGCACGAUGAAACUACGCCGUCGCGCACCGUUGUCGCCACGGGACUGCCAUACGACAAGUACACCGUUGAAAAGGUGUCGGAACUGUUUUCGAAGUGCGGUGAAAUAUCACUGAUUCGCGUCCUCCGUCCGGGUGGUCCAAUUCCAACGGAUGUUCGUCAGUUUAUCAAUAAGCAUCCAGAGCUGCAGCAGAAUGAAUGCGCUCUGGUAGAGUUCACCGAAUCCGCAUCGGCUCGACGGGCCCAGGCAAUGACCGAGUUCGUUGUGCUGGAGCUGGUAGCACCGAAAAAGAAGACCGGCAAGAAGGCGACAAACGUCACGAAGUUUGUCGAGAGUUAUAAGGUUGCCGCUGGACAUGAGAUUGAGAGAAGCCGUGGUGGUGAGGGUUUCGAUCGCUUCCGAAUGCGCCGUGGAUCGGGCUUCUAUCCGAAAUCCGACAUGAUGGUUGGUACGAUCUAUCAGCAACAGCAACAGGUAUUGCCACAUCACCACCAUCAUCAUCAUCAUCAGAUGCUGCCGAUGAUGAGCCAGCCGAUGCAGGCUCCAAUGCAGCAGGAUCCACAUCAGCACCAACAGCAAUCGCCCCCGAUGCCGUACAUGGUGCCACAUUCGCCCCAGCCACGCAAGUACUCCUUCGGCAACGAUGCCUACGAGUGCUAUCAGCCACAGCCAACUCAGCAGCAGCAACGCCGUUCCAGUGCCUAUUCCCUCGGCUCGGACGCUUCGCGAAAGUUCUCCAGCUGCUCGGAAGGUUACUCGAGUUGCGGUGAAAUGUCGCGCCGCACUUCCGCUUGUUCAUCCGUACCCGCGGACGGUAUGUCACGGCGGACGUCCGCCUGCUCGGAAGUGCCAUCGUCACGACGCUCAUCGAACUGUUCCGACUUUUGCUCGUGCAAUGCGCGUCGCAUCUCGCAGUGUUCCACCGAUCUGAUGUAUCGUCGCAUGUCCCAAUGCUCAACGGAGCACGGUACACCGGUGCACUCGGCCCCUCGCAAGUACUCGGUCGGGUCCAACUACGAGCGUAAGUACGCCAACUCACCAGAACUACUUCAGCAGCAGCAGCAAGGUCAUCUGCUACAGCGCCGUAUCUCGAUGGACUCAACCGGUGGCUAUGAUCGCAAGUUCUCAUCUGGAUCGAUCACGGGCUACCACACGGACGGAAGCCCAAACAUCUCUCCGCGUAAGUACUCUUCCGGAGGAUUCGAUCCGCUGCGUAAGCUAUCCAACGGUUCGGAUCAGUACUACAACGGCCGCAAGAUAUCGACCGAUUCCGGCUACGAUCGACGCAUCUCGAUCGGCUCGGAGUGUUCUGGGCCACGAUCGCGUACCGGCAGCAUCCUGUGCAACCACGUCAACGCGGGCAACACGGCUCUCCCGACGUCCGCCAAUGAAGCCGUCGUACGAACUCCAAUCGGACCGGAUGGCAGCAAGGGUUUCGGCACACGCACUCGUCGUAUCGGACAGAUUGUGCCACCGGCUUAA